AUGUCUCUUUAUUUUUGUAUCUCUGUCUCAAAAUUCACUGAGGAGGACCUUGUUGACUUAGAAACCAUCCAAUAUGGAGCACCAGAAAAGAUAGCUCUCUCACCCUGGCCUCCUCAGAAGCCACUGGUCUUCCUUAUACCCACCCUAUUGAGAGUUGCCUCUGAAUAAAGCCCAGAUUCCUCACAAAACAGGAAUAGGCAGGAAAAUAAGGUCACUCUGACAUUUAUAUGCAAGAACCCCUGUGACCUCUUUUCUCAGGAGGAAGUUACGAUACGGCAGGCAACUUUCCCUACACCUGAACCAAGCACAUAGGAUGAGGCAGGGACCUUAGAGUGACAGGUCAGAAAGAGUAUGUAUGGGAAAUCUUCCGUGCUUCUCCUGCUAGUCUGAGGCUGGCCUGGAGUCUUGAAGGCCAAAUUUAGCAAAUAAAUACAGAACACAUUAAAUAGGUUUUCAGACAUGUUUAUUAUGGCUUGUGCAAUAUUUGAGACAUACUUAUUCUGAAUUUUUUUUUCAUUCCUUAUAUUAAAUCGACAUUUGGCUGCUUGACUUCUAUUUUAACAGAUACCUUGAGCUAGAAGAACAGGGACAAGAUCUGUUUUGUUAGAGCUCUAAAAGCCUCAUCAUGCCUGGUAGACAGCAGGCACUCAUUGAAUUCUUUCUGAAAUAUUUAUUUGUUGAUGAAAGCCUCUGAAAGAUCUCAAACACACUCAGGAGACACUUCAUUGGGCAAACAUGUCCCCAGGGGCCAUCUUUGAAUAAACAAAUUGACUCAUUCAAUAAAGCCAGACUGGAGCAUGCUGCAAAUGUUAAGAUCUAUGCUAAAUAAAUCGAGAUGCAGAGAUAAACAAACUAUGGCUCUUGUCCUUGACAUGGCAAUUGACCAGUAAAACCAACAGAUUUCAAAUCACAAUAGAAUGUGAUAAGUGCUAGACAAUCAACCUCAUAAGGCCAGGGACCAGAUGGUUUUGUUUGUCAUUGUCAUCUCCAAAACUUGCACAUGUCAUUCCUCAACAAAUAGUACUGGAAUGUGACAAUAAAAAGAUGACAAUAUGAACAAUGCAUUGUGGAGCCACCGAGGUGAGAUGACUGACCAAGGUGCUUGUCUUCCCUCCAGUGGGUAGGUCUGGUCUCGAUCAUGAUGCAGGAACAUACCAAGAAGAAGGAGAGGCGACAGCAAUUCUAAAAGAGAAGUAGCAUGAACCCAGGUCUAACAGGUCACUGACUGGGGAAUAACUCACAGAAGUAAGAGGUGAGAUUGGAAGGGCUGAGAAGUCUGGGCUUGAUCCCCUGGGUAAUGGCUAGUCAUUAAAGACUGUCAAGUAGGAAACUGCAUGAAAUUCAGGAGAUCCCCCCAGCAUUAGUGUGGACGAUGGAUUUUGGUGGAGACAGAAUGGAGGCCAGAAGAGCGGUGGUGGGGAGUUUUUAGGUGUAUCAGGAAAGAAGCCUACAGACCUGAAAUCCUGUCCUCAUGGACUCACUGUGACUGCCCUUAUUUGUCCAUGUCCUGCUCCUAAGUCCCCUGAGGUACGGGAGGGAAGAUUGCUGGUAAGAGAGGGAAUCAGGAAGGAAGGAGAGGGGAGAGGUAGCCCAAGACAAACUUCCUUCGCCUCACCAUCUUGCCUAAGGAGAGGACUGUCCUGCAGCAACUGGAGGACAACUGCCAGCUUCUGGGGCUCUCCUCUCCAGGAAAGGAAGUACUCCAAUGAACUGGCACAGCCCAGCGCUCACUGUGGUCUACAGGCCUAGGCUGCGCUCCGUGGGACCCCACAUGCCCAGCGAGCAUGCUCCCUGCUGAGGACAGGACGCUCCGACUCAGGGUUGGCAGCCCUCUCCUGCCAGGAGAUGAUCCAGAAACAGAGGUUUCAGAGAGAUCAUGAAAACUUCCAGCUACCUGAGGACAGAGGAGAUCUACUAACUCAGUCCCUAGGCCCAGGACCAGAACCCAAGUCCUAGGCCCACCUUCCACCUCCUCUCCAGAUCCCUCCUCAGGAAAACCCCCUGCUUCAUCUUGCCCACUAGACUCUGGAUGUGGAACUAGUCUGACCUGGUUCAAAUGCAUCCAAAUAUGUGACUUUAUACAAAUCACCUCACCUCUGUGAAUAUGAAUUUCUAUGCCAGGUGAAUAACCUCCUGUCACGAAUUAAAUAUCCCACGGGAACAAACUCUGGACAGUUGCUUGGAAUUCCUGUAACAGCUUCUCUCCUGAACUGUUGGGGAGAUUUAGUUGCACCCUAGAGGGCAAUUUGACCCCUUCUUGAUUCAGUCACCCAAUUAAUAUUUUCCAGGCUCCUACUUUGUACCAGCUACUUGAAAAGUACUGGGAAAACAAUGCCAGCAAAAUGGGUAGAAUUCCAGUCUCCAUGGAAGAUCCAUUCUUCUGUGGGAGAUGGAUAUUAAUUGAAUGAUUGCAUGAAUAAAAGUAAAAAAAAAAAAUAUACCAGUCAUGAGUACCAUGAAGGAGGGGAACUCGGACCCAGGAAAUUAUUCCAUAGGCAUACACGAUGGAGCCUGGGGCUGGCACACCUGUGGCAUGGCCUUACUUUCCUGUUAACUGGUUUCCCAGAAUCUCCAGUUCCCAAAAAUAAACAUAUUCAGAACAGGGAACUUAGAAGGGGAAACCUGGUUUGCUCCAAUCCCAAACCAGUUUCCCCACAGUCCAUUCUUACCCCCAAAAUAAAUAAGGCCCUUCCAGACUGCCUCCUCACUAGAGCCUCCCCCAGGACAAACAGCUCCUGCUCCAGCUCCACCAUGAAGCUCUUCACUGUCCUGCUGCUGGCCAGCCUGGCCUCCACCUCUCUGGCCAUCCUUCAUGGAGCUCUUUCUCUGCCCCAUACUCCCUCCAUCUCCUUAGUCCCAGCUUCCCAGUUUGCUUCGAACAACCAUCCCAGGAAAGCCUCUAUCUCCAGUGAGGACCUCCCCAUGGAGCCUUUCAUCUUCAGUGAAGAGCUGAUUUCCAAAGAGAAUGUGGUGAUAAAAUCCACCAGACCAAUGAGUCAAACACCUGAAAUCCUUCAUCCCGUACUCCAAGGGGACAGUUCCAAAAGUUCCAUAGAAGAGGCAACAGAAUUCACUCCUACUGCUGCAAUCACCUCGGAGGGAAAACUGACCAAGUUUGGCAAUAAAAUGGGGAAGGAUCUAAAGAAAGCAAUCAAAGGAAUCUUGGACUAUCUGAAAAGCCUGAUACCUGAUGCCAAUGAUGUCAUGAGGCCCUGAGGACAAGGACUCUACAUCCCAGGCUGGGCCAUGAGAGGUGCCUACAUCACCCACACUGCACUCUUCCCAACCACCAUCAACCCCUCAAAUCCAGGCAUUAAAGCAUUCAACCCAAA